CCUCAAUCUUCACCCCGCCGCUGGUUCGGUGGUGGCCCGGGCUCCCCGACCGGGUGGGGUGAAUCACCCCUGGUGGGCGGGGCACGAUUUUUGGGGCGGGGCUGGUGAACCUCGGCUGCUCUCACAGUAGGAGGAGCCUGCGGGCAGGCUGGAAGAUGGCGGCGUCGGCGAGUUAUUCUCGAUGCUCGAACAUCCUACCUGAACCACCUCUGUCUACUGCAGCCAUGGUUCGACUGUCUUCAUCUUCAUAUGUAGUCUAUCCACCUGAUAAGCCUUUCCUUAAUUCAGAUAUACGACGCUCUCCACAAAAACCAACAUGUGCCUAUCCAGAAAGCAAUAGCAGAGCCAUAUUCUCAGCACUGAAGAAUCUUCAAGAGAAGAUUCGACGUUUAGAACUUGAACGGAUUCAAGCAGAAGAAAGUGUGAAAACUUUGUCGAGAGAAACAAGUGAAUACAAGAAAGUGCUGGAUGAACAAAUACAAGAAAGGGAAAACUCAAGGAAUGAAGAGUCAAGACAUAAUCAAGAACUUACAUCCCAGUUGUUAGCUGCAGAAAGUAAAUGUAAUCUUUUAGAAAAACAAUUGGAAUACAUGAGAGACAUGAUAAAGCAUGCAAAAAAUGAGAGGACAACUGUCUUGGAAAAACAGGAUUUGAUAGAGAGAGACCAGCAACAGGGUCAAAUGCAUGUUGAGAACCAACUUGAAAAGCUAGAUAUUCUUGAGCAGGAAUAUAACAAACUUACUGCCAUGCAGGCUCUUGCAGAGAAAAAAAUGCAAGAACUGGAAUCAAAACUCCGUGAAGAAGAACAGGAAAGAAAACGUAUGCAGGAAAAAGCAGCCCAGUUGCAGACUGGAAUAGAAACAAAUAGACAGUUGUUUGAGGAGAAAAUACCAUCAUAUCCUCCCAAUGCAAGAAGAGUGAAGAAAAAGAAAACAAAACAGCCAGACAAGAAAUCUCCUAGGAAUCAUUUUCAUGUACAGCCACAUUAUAGAUUGUGCCUGGGUGACAUGCCAUUUGUAGCUGGAAAGUCCACUACCCCUAGCCAUGCAGUGGUAGCCAAUGUACAACAUGUUUUACAUUUAAUGAAGCAACAUAAUAAAGCCUUAUGCAAUAACCGUGUGGUCAACAAUGUUCCUCUGGCAAAGCAGGGGACUCCUCGAAAUGGUAAAGGCAGAAAGUUAUCAGCAUCAUCCUCUUCUUCCACCUGUCAUGAAGAACUAUUUGAAGUCUUACAGACAUUACAGGAUGAAUUUGGACAAAUGAGUUUUGAUCAUCAACAGCUAACCAAACUUAUCCAGGAAACACCAACUAAUGAACUGAAAGAAGACCUUGAGCGAGAACUUGAGGAAUUAGUGGAAAGGAUGGAAGCUAAGGCUAAUCAAAUAACUAAAGUUCGAAAACAUCAAUCCCGGCUGGAGAGACAGAUGAAGGAGCUAAAAGGUAGCAAAAAGUGUUUGGAGGAUCAAGAAAGCAACAGCAAGCUCUUUUCUGGAACCAUUGGGAGCUCCCCUAAGAAGGACUCUAUUUCUGUCAAACGGAAACCUGGAGAGAAAAGCCGUCGAAAUCUUCAGUUGUUGAAGGACAUGCAAACCAUACAGACCUCGAUUCAAAACGAUAACCUAGGAUUGCCAUACCACAAGUAGUCAACACUGCGGGACUUGGAAGACACCACUUUAUUUCAUUACUUGGGGGCAUGCUACCACUUACCCAUGAGCCAACUGUUCCACUCUGCUUAUAAACGGUAUGUAGGCUGACAAAACAGGUUCAUUCAGGCUAAUGACAGGAAUUUUUUAAAUUAAACCACAUCCAGAUAUAUGAAAGAAAGUGAUAAUAUUAUGGCUUAAAGGAGGAGAACUAAUCAACAAAUAUGAUCUAGAAUAUCAACGCUCAGCUGAAAUACAAUGAAGACUGCCAAGUAAUAGGGGGAAAGGAUAUAGCGGAGAUGGUCCAUCAGCUGUGGAAAUUCAUAGUAUUUUACCUCUUUUCCUCUCUGCUGCUCACUGUUACACAGGAAUGUCCCAAAUAAACAGCUGUAUAGGU